AUGUAUAUAGAAGAAUUUUCUAAUUAACUAAAUUUGGAUCAAGAAACAUUAGAUAAAGCUAAAUUAGCUAUGCAACAAUUUUCAGAAUAAGAUGAAAAAGUAUAUUUGAUUAGAGAAUAUAUAGAUUUAUGUUCCAGCUGUAGUUUAUUUGUGUAGCCAAAGCUGCCAAAUUCAAUAAAUAGAUGGAUAGACAAAAUAAGGCAAUGGAAUUACACUUACAUAAGUAUAUUAGUAAUUAUAUUGUAGAUCAUUCGUAACUUGGAUCCCUAAGUUGAUAUUGAGUAGUUCUUAAUGGUUUUAUAAGACCUUCCUACUCUUCUGAAGUGUCAUUCAACUGAAUUUGAUAAUGUAGUCAGAUAAGCUAAUUUCAGCUUUAGAUUAUACAAAAAGUUUGACAAAUGUUUUAGUCUCAUCCAGUAUUUUGAUAAUUUUUAUAUUUUUAAAGACCUGUACAGAAUCCAAGUUAAACUCCAUAAUUCAAAAAAGAAGAUGAUUGUGAUCCUUAUAUAUUAGACUUAAAAAAAGUAGCUUGGAUUCUCUGUAUAAUAGUUCGAUAGAAUAUUUUACAAUAUGAGGAACAGUUAGAUAAAAAUUAGUUAAUUAUCUGUGAUCCAAAUACUAAAGUAAUUUUAAUUUUAGUUGGAUCUUUAUCGAUUGUAUUUUAAAAUUUACCAAAUACAUUCACAUAAAAUGUUGAAGAUAUUUCACAAAAAAUGUUAUCAUUUUUUUGUAAUGAUUAAAGAGAAAUAGAUGAAGAAUUAAAAUAUUAUUAAGAUUUGUGUUUUAAAUGUAUAAAUUAAGUUGUAAAUAUGAUGCAAUAUAAAACUAAAGUAUUAGAUAUGUAAUAAGAAACUUAAGAAACUCAACUUUCUGUAUUAUUUGAAGAAAAAACAAUUGAUUAAACAUAUAGAAGAUUACAUAAAUAUUAUGAAAAGACUAGAAAACAUUCUGAUUUAGAUGAAGAAUGUUUUUUAAGAUAAAGAAUUGUAUUUACACCUAAGAAAGACAUUAAUAAAUAAGUAGAUUAUUCAGAAUUUGAGACAUUAUAAAAGAAAACUAAAAUAAAAAGUGAUCCUCCUUUUAUGUAAACACCAUUGAAAGAUAAUAAAUUCUCUAAUACUUAAGAAAAAACAUAUUUUGAUAUAAAGAAAAAUGCAAUUCCUUAAACUCCAAUUAGUAAAUGUAUGGAAUUACAUUAAUGGAUUAAAAAAAUAACUAUGUAAACAUAUAAAUGUUUUGAAGAUGAUGAUGAAUAAGAAUUUUAUAAUUAGGCAACUAUAAAUAUUAGAAAAUAUUUUGAAGUUACAGAAUCCUCUAAAUCUUCAAAAUAAAAUGAAUAAACUAUAUUAACAUUAUGUCUUGCUGUCAUUGACUCAUUAAUGAAAUCAAAUGAAGGAUAAUUUGAUUUGAAAUUACUUAAAAAUUAUAGAUUUCAAUUUGCUAUUUUAGGUUUAUCUUUAUAUACCUAUUAAAUUGUAAUCUAAAAACCUAAUUUACUUUAAAACAUGAAAUAAUUAUGCACUAUUUUUGAGAUAAGUCCCUUAGAUUUAUUUAGAGUGAUAGCUAAUUUUGCUCAUUUUCAUAGAUAAAUGCCAUCUACUAUAACUUCAUAAUUAUUUGAAUUAGAAAAACAUAUACUUUUUAAUUUGAUGUGGUAAACAGAUGCUGAAAAACUAGUUGAAAUAUUUAAAGAUAGUAUUAAUAUAAUAUAUAUAUAUAUAUAUAGAUUCACCAAAAUAUUUUGAUUAAGAAUUAGUAAGGAGAUUCUAAAAUCAUUUAGCUUUAAGAGUAAAAGAACUUUGUAAAAUACUAUAAUUAGACAUUCAUGAUUUUGCUUAUUCAGCAAUAUGUGAAUUUAUGAAGAAUCCUAAAUUAGAUGUAUUAAAGGAUGUAAUAUUUGACACUGUGAUCAUUUGCACAUUCUAUGUCAUAUAAAAACAUCAAAAAUAAAGUCCAUCUUUUAAUUCUUAUAAUAAGGUAAUAUAUAUAUAAUAAAUUAUAAUAGCUUUACACUUAAUAUUAUUCAUAAUAAAAAUAAGUUUUCACAAGAAUUGUUGAGUAUUAUAAUGAAAGAUUUUUGAGUGGAUUUAGAGAUAUUGUAAAAUCUAUAUCAAAUGCUCAACCAUUAUAAAUACCUAAGAAUUUUGAAUGCCAAAGUCCAUUAAUAAUUAAAUAAAUACCUGUAUCUCCUAAUUAUAGAUAAUAAUAUAUUGCUACUCCAGAACCACCUUCCCCUCAAAAAAACUUUAUGCGUUCAUUGAUGCAAAAGAUAAAACCAUAAUAAUAAUAAUAAUAAGCAUAAUAAAAAUAAUAAGACAUUCAACCUUUUUAAGAUUGA